AUUUUAUCGAUCACAAAGCGUAGAUCGCUUAUAGAAAAUACAAUGGCUGAUAGUUUUUAACGAAAAGUUAGUACACCGUUUUAACAUUUUCUACGAAGAUCAAUAAAAACGAAUCUCGGUUCUUAGAACUCGUCAAUUCGUGUCACGCACAUUUGACCAUUUUUUCUUUCAACAAAACGCAUAAUAGUAUUUUUUAUAUCGGGUUCGCGCGUAAUCCGUGACGUAGAUUAGUUACUUUCUAUUAGCAUAAAAAGAUUAUGCACCUGUUGUCGGGGCCGUCAGAAGUGACCUUUCGAAACACGACCGAUUACUCAGGGGGAAUCGUGUUACUACAUCUGUCUGAUAACAAAAAGGUAUGACUAAACAGGAGAAUGAAGAAAGAAUCCCGGUUUCUCUCGUUCUGUGCACACGCGAAGAUCUCAUUGACAAAUGGCCUGCAGCUUGUGAAAUUGUAUGUAUCACUUAUCAGAUUAGUUUCUCUUCAAUUUCUCAACAGAAACGUAUAGAUAUUGUUUUUCGUAAUGUUUACGUCCCCGCAAUAACCUUAGUCAAUAAGUAUUUGAUAUUUGCAUUUUCCUCGUUUACAAUUGACAGAGACCAUCAAUACAGGGUACGUAUGCAGUAUAAUCGCGUUGUUAUUUGCUACAAUACAUUUCUUUUUACAUAGUGAUAACGUUCGGUUUUUAUGCUUUCUCGGAAUCGAUUACUACUGUCCAUCGGUUUUUAUAUCGUAGUCUCACAAGUUCUAUCGUUCAAUGUGGCAUACACUUUCGAUAACUUUCACGGCCGGCAAUAUCGAUGGAAUUAUUUAUUUAAGUAUCGCGAUCCACUUGUCUCGUGAAUUUGCAUAGUUUUUAAUUUAUUCAACCAAGUCAAUCAUGCCUUUGUUCGGUCUGCUGAUUGUAGUUAAGCAAACGAAUAAAGAUUACAGCAGACGACAGAAUUUCCGUUGUCGCGUUGAGAACAAUCACGUGCGAGAUAGCAUUUAUAAUUUCAUUCCAAUUUUCUGGCCCGCGGUGCAUUAAAAUUUUCAAUGAAUCUCGUGCAAAGGUUAAUUCGAUGAAUUUUUCAAAUAUUCGAGAAAACUGAAGUAUGGAACACGGCGUCGGUAUGAAUUUUAAUUUCGAUGACGCGCAUACGCUGUGCUCGUAUGCAGCCAGAGACAAGAUGCCUCGGAAUCACCGCAGCACGGAAGCUUCGGGUUUUCCCUGAGGUCUCCCUUAUUUUCUACCCCCGACGCCGGCUCGAAUGUGCAACAUGCGACCUCGUUCAUAAUGCAUCCACUCGGGGAAUGACCGUGUUGAAUCAGUUGCGUUGCGGUUUCGGAUCUGGCUGGAAUGUAUCCCUCGUUCCCGGAUUUGAACGACGAUGACAAUUAUUCGGUAGUGGACAUGGACCGCUUAAACACGCGACGAACUAAUGUCUUGACCACGCCUGAUUACGAACCGGUCAGAAAAAAAUGCAACUUCGGUGACGAUGAUAAUGAGAUCGAUGGUACCGGAUGGUCCGCUAAACCUGUCGCAGAAUGGAGUCAAGAGGAGACGAUACACUGGCUGAUGUACGCCGCGUCGUGUAUCAGACAACCGUAUGGCCUAAUUCAAAAUAGUCUCGCGGUGCCUGGGAAUCAACUGAUCCACUUCACCAGAGACGAAUUUAUCAGUCGUGAUCCUAUGUUCGGAAAUCGGCUGUACGACCUACUCCCAUCCAAUAUGUUACUUCCACCGUUUGACACGAUUCAUCCUCAUUCCGAGGACGAGUACCACCGGAUUAGUUCCAAUAGCACAUCAGACGCAGAAUCAGACAGUAACAGUAUUGACAUAUCCACGACGAAACGACCACCGGGUCGGCCAAGGGUAUCGAAAAAACCGAUUAAGAAGGCUCCUAGCCAGGGAAAGCUUUGGGAGUUCAUUAGGGACCUCUUACUUAAUAAUAGGACGUGUCCAAGUUUAAUUUGUUGGGAAGAUUAUUCUCAGGCGAAAUUUCGCUUCGUGAAAAGUGACGAAGUUGCAAAACGGUGGGGCUCGAGAAAAGGGAACACGAAUAUGACGUACGAGAAACUUAGCCGAGCGAUGAGAUACUAUUACAAAAGUCAAAUCUUCCUACCCGUGUACGGUCGAAGACUGGUUUACCAGUUUGGGCCGAACGCGAAAGGCUGGCAAACUGACAACCCUAACUUCCGGUUCUAAAGACGUGACGUUCCGUUCUUUGUAAAAAUUGUACAGAAAGUAAAAUUAAUGCGACCGAUGUUCAAGAAACUUUUAUAUAACUGAUGCAGGGUCGAAAGUGGUUGAACUGCGGCGAAAGACUACGAAAAAAGAUUAGUAUUAUAUCAUGUACAUAUAGUUUAUAAUUACUAGGCGUAACUAGAGUAACCAGACGUAUGAAUGAUUACAAAUGUCGAAGUCUUUCAUAUUACAUACCACGAAUAUUAUGUGAUAAUACAAUUGGAACGCUGAGUGUCGAUUUCGAUUUAUUUUUAUUUUUAACCGCAGUAGCUUAUGCGUAUGUAAAAGUGUACAUACUCUAAUCGAGAAAGGCAAUAAUUUUCUUAAAAUCAAGUAAAUUUACUAUUACUUAUCUUUUUAUAUGACAAAGUUGUAUUAUAUUCCUUAAACUGGAAAAACGAGUAGCACUUAGUACUCUAGGCCUAAAUGAGGUACGGAGUAAGCUUCUCAAAGAGGUAAUUGCGAAUUGCAGUACGAGCGAUCGUAAGCUAAAUUGGUACGUAAGAGUGUGAAAGAGAAGUAGCCGUAGCAUCACUUUCACGAAUUGUAAAUAUAGGAAGGACUUGAUCCGUGUUGUCAAAUGCUUUACGGUAGUGCAUGCAAGAGUUGGCAAAAAUAUUUAUAUUAUUUAAAGAAACCGCAAUGGACGAUUCAGUCGUUUAUUAGUAAUAUUGGAAUUCGACGUACGUAAAGAUUGCGCAAGAAGAAGCAUGCAUAUAUUUCUCUUUUUAAUUAAUUCAUUGAGCGAACUCGAAAUCGUUGUUUGUACAAUAAAACCGUAACGAGUAUCCCUAUAUUUACUUGACCUUUUACGUUUUAUAAAAUCUUUUUCAUAUACUGUGAUCAACGUUAAAAUAUCAUGGAGAUCAAUUAAAUAUCUUUGCAGCGUAGCACGCAUUUUAACUUUUUACUCUUAUUGUACAGAAUUUCGUAGAACUAUGGAAUAAAGUGCUACUGGAUCA